AGGCUCCAGGGGCGGGGCGUGGCCGGGGCGCAGCGGCGGGCGCGGAGGUCCGGGCGGGCGCGCGCGCCCCCGCCACACGCACGCCGGGCGUGCCCGUUUAUAAAGGGAGAGCAAGCGGCGACUCUUCAAGCUCGGUCUAGUGCUUUGGAUCCGUUUCCAUCGGGCAUUACAGCCGCUCCUCAGACCCCAGCAGCAAAGAUGGUGAAGCAGAUCGAGAGCAAGGCUGCUUUUCAGGAAGCCUUGAACACCGCAGGUGAUAAACUUGUAGUAGUUGACUUCUCAGCCACGUGGUGUGGGCCUUGCAAAAUGAUCAAGCCUUUCUUUCAUUCCCUCUCUGAAAAGUAUUCCAACGUGGUAUUCCUUGAAGUAGAUGUGGAUGACUGUCAGGAUGUUGCUUCAGAGUGUGAAGUCAAAUGCAUGCCAACAUUCCAGUUUUUUAAGAAGGGACAAAAGGUGGGUGAAUUUUCUGGAGCCAAUAAGGAAAAGCUUGAAGCCACCAUUAAUGAAUUAGUCUAAUCAUGUUUUCUGAAAACAUAACCAGCCAUUGGCUAUUUAAAACUUGUAAUUUUUUUAAUUUACAAAAAUAUAAAAUAUGAAGACAUAAACCCAGUUGCCAUCUGCGUGACAAUAAAACAUUAAUUCUAACACUUUUUAAAACUGGUGUCUGAAUAGCUUUCAAAAUAAAUGCAAAAUGAUCAUUUAA